AUCGGGAUCAUCAGUUAAGGCCUUAAUAAAUGAUCGCCUAGUGAUAAAGGAGAUCGAAGGGCAGAUACAAUCAAAAUGUUACUUAGAAAUGGUUACCCUUGGAACGAGGGAUAGGAAAUGAUGCAUAAUAGAUAUACCCAAUUAUUUAUCCUGAAGCCAUGGCUUCCUCCUCCAAAGCCCUAGGCGAGCUCCUCCGCUCGCCGAAGCGUCUCCGCCCGAUCUCCCUCUCCACGGAAUCCAUGCCCCUCAAAUCCCCCCUCUCCACCAUCCACGCCCCUCCUCUCGCCUCCGGUGAACACCCCUCCGCACUCACGUCGGAGCAGGCGAAGAGGGCGAAGAGGGUCGACGCCGACCGAUCCCUUUCCCGAUGGAAGCGGAACCUCAGUAUCUGUUCCGAAAGGAUCGCGACAAGGAAAGGUACUCAUUCCGAUCCCUAUGUGAAGCUGGGAGAUCUCUUGAUCGAGGAGACAUGGCUGGAGGCUCUCCCCGGCGAGCUUCAGAAACCCUACGCGCAGAACCUGUGCAGGUUUGUGGAGAUGGAGAUGCGCGGCAGCGUUCCUAUCUACCCUCCGCCCCACCUUAUAUUUAAUGCUCUUCAUUUGACUUCCUUUGAUGAAGUCAAGGCAGUCAUUAUUGGACAGGAUCCUUACCAUGGACCUGGUCAAGCCAUGGGUCUUGCAUUCUCAGUACCUGAGGGCAUCAAGAUUCCAUCAAGUUUACGUAACAUGUUUAAGGAACUUCAACAAGAUGUUGGGUGUUCCUUGCCAUCACAUGGAAAUUUAGAGAGAUGGGCUUUACAGGGAAUCCUGCUACUGAAUACUGCCCUUACAGUUAGGGAACAUCAAGCAAACUCACAUGCUAAGAAGGGGUGGGAGAUGUUUACUGAUGCUAUUAUUCAAACAAUUUCCCAGCGGAAAACAGGAGUUAUCUUCCUUCUAUGGGGCAACUCUGCCCAAGUAAAAUCUAGGUUGAUUGACGAGUCGAAGCACCAUAUCCUAAAGGCUGCUCAUCCAUCUGGUCUUUCUGCUAACAGAGGCUUCUUUGGAUGCAGGCACUUCUCGCAGACGAAUAAGAUAUUGAAGAGACUUGGCCUUUCUCCCAUCGAUUGGCAACUUUAACUGCUAGGCGUUACCUUUCUCAGCUGCUGCCAUUCAUCUGGGCUUGAUGAAUCAAGCCAUUGUGCUUGACCAAAUGUUGUCCCAAGCUUUUUAUCAUUGACAUCUUAUGUAUGGGGUGACUUGCUAAGUUCGAGCUCAGGUCAUGUGGAGUCAAAAAUUUACCUGGAGUGUUUCUGGACUGGAAAACAGUCUCGCUUUGCCUUGUGAAUUGCAUCAGUGAUGAUUUAGUAAAGGUUUUGCUAAAGUAAGACA